GUCGAAGAUUUUACAAUCGACGAAUAUAGGGAUUCGUUUUAUCUCUUCAAGUCGCGUCGUAUGGACGUGUUCGGAAUCAACAGAUGCGUUCUUCAGUCAACGACCGAUGAUUACUCGAUCCGUUGACUAAAGAUAUAUUCUUCAAUAAACUGAGUCAACGCUCGAUCGAAAUGUCCAUGCAGUAAACAAAGCAAUUACACACGUGAAAAUAUGAAUAAGAAAGUCUUGGAUUUGUCAAGCUUAACUGAAUUCGUCCUCCACUCGCUUCGUUCGACGGACGAUGUCAAGAAUAUUCUAAGGUCGCAAUGCGAAGAAGUGAAAUUCGUCCUCGCCCCAUGGAAUCUGGAGACAAUUGAGAAGCGACAGAUUGACCAAGAAUCGUGCAAGUGCCUUGGGAUCCCAUCGUUGGAGGAUCAUGUCAACGAAAUAGCUACCGGUAUAGACAGGGCGGUGGCGCAAGCUCGUCAACUUAGAGAAAAGCUUGCGAUUAACGUUCUGGCGGAGAAAAAACUAGCUCGCAAGCCUAGCGUGAGUCAAAUAUAUGCUUCCGGCUCAAGGGUGACGGCUAGCAAAACGAGGUUGUCCGAUUCUAAGGGAGGAAAAGAGAAUGGCUGUAAGCCGUCCAGCGAUACGAACAAGCGAGCAGUAACUGAGCAGUGCGAUAUUGGAAUAAGACAAAGAGAGCCAGAAGAAGUAAAGUCAAAUGACACUUACUGUCCUAAGAAAAAAAUACCUGUUAAAAAUCAGUUUCAAGUUCCGAAAGCGUUGAAUGAGAAAGACAUGAGGACAAAAGUUAGCAAAGGGGAUAAAAAAUCUUGCAGUGAAACAUGUCAACUUGGGAGGAAUCGAACCAGAAUAUCAGAAUCUAAACAAAUUGAUAAGAAGCUAAUAUCGACAUCUCCAUAUAAUUUACUAGCUGCUGCUUCGAAAGCGGAUCGAACGUCAAAGGGAAAGAAGAAUUUCAUUGCCGCUAAUAAAUCACGUAUAAAAAAUAUAGAAGCUACAAAUACAAGAUCGCAGGCUGUGAUGAAACGAAGUAGCAGCUCGUCGGAAAAAUUGAUUCACAGCUCCCACAGUUUGGCAACUGAAAAAUCCUCAGACUCAUCAAUUUCUGGCCCUGCCUCGGCUGCUGAGCUUGAAAAAUUGAUCAGCAAACUGUCCGUUGAUUCUGAUACCCGCCUGUCAGGGCCGAACGAAAAUUUAGAAGCUACGAACUGCCCUGUGCACGAUAAAAACGCUCCAAAGUAUGUCGAGGAAAAGAUUUACACAAGCAUGGAUGUAACGGAGGGUUUGGACAGAUUUGGAGUACCCUCGGACCUCGUCAAACUUCUGAAAGUUUAUCACAGCUAUUUCAACAGGCAAUCGACGAGUAAAAUGGCAAACGACAAACGAGGCGAGAAAGCUGAGCACAGAUUUCUCACAGAAUUCCAAACGAUGAAUCAUGAUAGGGAAAAAUUAUCAACCAGAAGAAAGCUGGAUAAUUUGUGUAAGGAUUUUUUACCUAUGCUGAAAGAGUCAUGCAACAAGAGCAUGGAUUUUAUAGAACUGAGCCAGAUUAAAAUCCGUUACACAAAUUUGGAUACCACUUGUAAAUUGCUCGAAAUACGCAACUUCAGCCCCUUAAAAAGGAAAGCCUGCAACAUGAUGCAAAAUCGUUGCACUAAGAGUUUAAUAGAGAGAAACAGGACCUGGAGAUUAAAUGCUGUUUGGAAUGAAGCAUGUAUUCCAAAUUUCAAAGAAAUGUCUCGGGUUUGUUAUAUACGAUAUGCGAACAGAAAUCAACUGCUUGUAUUGUUUGAGCUCAUGCAAAGGAUCCAACAACUCAAAUAUCAAGCAACAUUGGUGAAUUUGUUAAACAGCGAAGUAGUUCCCGCGAUACGGGACACCUUAGAACCAAACAGCGAAGAAUAUGUCGAGGCAUACAAAAUGAUUUCGAUCAUAUCAAACUUAUUACACCAAACCGUUCCAGUUCUGGUCCGAACAGAUCAAUAAAGCAAAAGUAUUGCAACGAAAUUCAUUUCAAUUUGAAGAUUCUUCUAUAAAAUGAAUAUGUAACUUCUAGCUUACAAUUAAGGCCAGAGGGGAAUUGCUGCUAAGAAAAUAAGGUUGAUGUGGUUUCCGUAUUUAAAAAAUACUCGUGCAAUUCCUAUACUGAUUUAUCGUCUGAAGUCGUAUUUUUCUCAUCAAAAUGAUAUUUGAACAACGAAAUAAAAAUCCAGAAAUAUUAACGUUCACCUGAAAAGUAUUAAAAUUAAUGGAAAAUGUAAAUAUGUCUACAAUUUGUACAGUGAAUAUGGUUUAACGUCGUUUCAUGAUAUGGAUAAUUUUGUUUGAAUAAAAAAUGUCUUAUAUUGUUUGUAAUAAUUUGGUGAAAAUCAGUAGAAAUUCCGAUUACAG